AUGGAUCUGCAGACAUCAGGAGUGGUCUUUGUCAUCCUCUUGUCUAGUGCAUUAGGAAUACAGUUGGAUGGACAUGGGUACACUGGUAUUCUCAUUGCAAUCAACCCAGCUGUCCCUGAAGAUCCAGCACUCCUUCAAAACAUUACGGGCAUGUUAAAUGACGCAUCAAACUAUUUAUACAAUGCUGUUGGGAACAGGUUUUAUUUCAAGGAAGUGACUAUAUUGGUUCCUGCUAAUUGGAGUGGCAGCUAUGAUAAGGCUACAACUCAGAGAUAUGACAAGGCCCAUGUCAUUAUUGAUGAGCCAAAUCCUGGAUAUGGAGAUGAGCCCUACACCCUCCAGUACGGCCAAUGUGGAGAUGAGGGCCAGUACAUCCAUCUCACCCCAGACUUCAUGCUAGAUGACAAGCACAUCAAGACCUACGGAGAAAGAGGUAGAGUUUUUGUACAUGAAUGGGCUCAUCUACGGUGGGGUUUAUAUGAUGAGUAUAGUGACGAAGAGCCAUUCUACCUGUCUGGAGAGGGGAAAGUUGAGGCAACAAGGUGCAGCAUAAACCUUACUGGUUCUUACUACCUGGCUGUGGACAAACCUUGUGACAUAACAAAUGGAUUGCCUACUAGUGACUGCAUCUUUUAUGUGAGUGAGUUUUGCACAGCAGAGACUCAUAACGCUGAAGCCCCAAACAGACAGAAUCAGAUGUGUGGCAACAGAGCAGCUCUGGACGUGAUCCUCAACAGCUCUGUGGAUGCUGGAGUUCCAGAACCAUCCGUCCUACCCAGGCCCCGGCUAAAUGUCACGAUUGUACAAAGGAAGAACAGGGUUGUGUGCCUCACCUUGGAUGUGUCAUCAAGUAUGGAUGUGGUGAAGCAAAAUGAUAUGGAUACACGUGGAGAUGAGAUUGUUAUUCUCACUGAUGGUGAAGCAACAGACAAUAUAAUAGAUUGUCGGGACAAAGUUCUCAAAAGUGGAGUGAUUGUGCACACUAUUGCUUUGGGCCCAGCUGCAGACAAAACGCUGAAUGAUAUGUCAAAUAUCACAGGGGGACAGUUCUUUUAUGCAGCAGACAGUGUGGACUCCAAUGAAUUAGCAGAUGCCUUUGUCUCUCUAACAACUUCUGAUGGAAAUUUAACACAUCAGACUAUCCAGACCGUAUCUUUGAAAAUACCAGGAACUGCCGAGGUUGGAGAAUGGCAUUAUAGUCUAUUUAAUGAGGGCAGUACACAGGCAAUGACAAUCACUGUUACCACCCAUGCUGCCAGAGCUGAUGUGCCCCCCAUCACAGUGAAAGCCCACAUGGACCAGCUGUUCUCUGAUGGUAGCAAAGCCAUGAUGGUCUAUGCAGCUGUCACUCAGAAGGGAGUACCUGUGAUACUGGCCGAUGUCACAGCCACACUAGAGCCUGAGACAGGGGAGCUGGUAACACUGCGGAUGCAGGAUAAUGGAGCAGGUGCUGAUGCCUUCAGACAUGAUGGCAUCUAUUCAGUAUAUUUCACUAAGAUGAUGUCAGGAAGGUACAGCCUGAAAGUGAAAGUGCAAAACAACAAGGACAAUGCCACAAUCUCUACUACACACAGACACAGUGGAGCAAUGUACAUCCCAGGAUAUGUGGUGAAUGGCCAAGUGGUGAUGAAUCCCCCAAAGCCCCCUGUCAAUCAUGAACCAGUGGAGGUGGGGAGCUUCAGCAGGACAGCCACAGGAGAGAGUUUUGUGGUGGCGUUACCCCCAGGAUCUACAGGCCCUCCACCAUUUCCUCCCUGUAAGAUCACAGACCUGAAGGCCAAUCUGGAGGGAGACAACAUCACCCUUACCUGGACUGCUCCUGGGGCGAGCUAUGACCAGGGAACAGCUUCACACUACCAUAUCCACUGGAGCGAAGAUUUGGCCUUGUUGAGAGGCAACUUCAAUGGCACUCAUCUUGUCAACACAUCACCACAAGAGGCUGGCUCCAUUGAGGAGCACUCAUUCAUCCCACACAAUUUAAACAUCACCAACGGAACCAUCAUCUUCAUUGCAGUUGCAGCUGAAAAUGUUGACUCACUGAGAUCGGAGAUUUCAAACAUUGUCCGAGUGGUGAAUUUCAUUCCUGUACCUCCAGUACCCCAAACUGACCUUCUAGGAAAGCCCAAGAGUGGGCAACUUAGGUGUUCCAAGGAAGAAGUGGAGGAGAGCAUGGCAGCAGCCGAUGGUGACCUCUGCAGAGACACUCCAGUGGGAGGAAUCCCAGAGGCGGACAUCCGGUUCCAAAGAGUAAAAGACCUGCCAUAUGCCUUCUACCUGUGCACUUAA